GUGGAGAGAUGGCUCGUUGUAGCGUCUCUAUCGCUAUUUUCAGCAAAAGCUUCGCGGAUAAAUCUUGUUUGAUAUUUGAAGCAAGUGAAUUGAGCGAUGUUUCGAGUGACAUAAUCAAGAAUCACCUUCAAAGGAAUGGGUUGAGAGUCACGGGCAACAGAAAGGUUUUGGUUCGACGGUGUCUCGGGAACCUAAAUCGUUCAGGCUGCGAAAAUGACGAAAACGAGAGUAGCAGCAGGAACGCUACCAUGAGUGACCUCGGUAGUUGCAGGUUCCACACUAUCGUCGCGGUGCCACUUCCUCUAGAAAGCUUUACUAUGAGUAACGUGAUGGACUACUUCAUCUUCCGCCAGUUGGAGGCUGGUAUAGAAGCAGAUUAUAAAGGCAGGGACUCCAGAUUGCACCUACAGAUGUUCUACAGAAAUGGCAUCAACCUUCUGUCAUCAAGAUUGGACCAACGCGUCUGAAGGACAUCAUGGUUUCGGAAACCGUCAAAUAUAGGGAAUGUGAUGUCAGUGUUCCUCGUGUUACAGACAGCGAGUUGCAACAGUUUGUCCAAGGGAUGGGAUCCGACACAAUGUAUGCAAGAAGCUUGUUUGUGCAACACGCUUACUUGGAGCCACCACCAGACAACCUCCCAAUGUCAACUGUUCUACCAGAUAUUGCUUAUCAUCCCCAAGAAUGUACAACUCAGAUCCUCCUGUAUUAUGCUGAGCAUGUUCGGCUUGACCUACAAGAGUGUCAGAGACUUCAGGAACGUACAAGAGCUCAGUUUUUGUGUCAUUUAUGGCAUGAUGAAAGAAAGCUCCGCCUCACAGCAUCCAAUUUUGGGAGGGUAAUUUCUAGGAGAGACGAUUUCAAGAAACUUGCAGUUGAUCUAACUAGUAAAAAAAAUAUCAGCCACGUUCCAGCUGUACG